ACCUUAGUUCCAGGCUUUCAUUGCACUACUAACUCACCAUCGACUUCAUUUGUACUUGUGGCCAUACUCCAUACAGGAGAAAAGAAUGGAACGCAAAGAAGAAGUGGCAUUGUUGAAAGGCCAAGCCGAAAUUUGGCAACACUUAUUUGCUUUUGCAGACUCUAUGGCAUUGAAAUGUGCAGUGGAGCUCCGUCUUGCUGACAUCAUACACUCUCAUAGUGUUCCCAUUACUUUGUCCCAAAUAGCCUCUGCCAUUGACUCCCCUUCUCCUGAUAUCCCUUACCUUUCAAGAAUAAUGAGAUCUCUGGUCUACAAAAAGAUCUUCACCGAACAUCAUGCAUCGGACGGUGGAGAAACAGUACUCUAUGGACCUACCCACACGUCAGGAUGGCUUUUGCAUGAUGCUCAGCUAACCCUAGCGCCACUGGUGUUAAUGGAGAACAACCAGUGGCAACUGGCGCCGUGGCAUUUCCUGAGCCAAUGCGUCAAGGAAGGUGGCAGUGCGUUCAAGAAGGCGCACGGCUUUGAGAUGUGGGACUUUGCAGCAAGAAAUCCUGAAUUCAACAAGAUUUUCAACGAUGCCAUGGCAUGUACGACAAAGAUCAUGAUGGGGGUGCUCCUGGCAGAAUACAAGGACGGAUUCGGUUCCAUCGGAUCAUUGGUGGAUGUAGGGGGUGGGACGGGAGAGAUGAUAGCUGAGAUUAUCAAACAGUAUCCCCAUAUCAAAGGUAUUAACUUCGAUCUCCCACAUGUUGUGGCAACAGCACCGGCACACGAGGGGGUCUCCCAUGUUGGAGGGAACAUGUUUGAAGUCAUUCCUAAUGCUAAUGCAAUUCUCUUGAAGUGUGUACUUCACGAUUGGAGCGACGAACAUUGCAUCAAGAUACUGAGAAAUUGCAAAAAAACAGUGCCACAAAAGACUGGAAAGGUUAUAAUUGUUGAUAUUGUUAUCGAGAAAGAUAAUGAUGACUUAUUUCAAGAGACGCGCAUGGUGUACGACUUGUUGAUGAUGGCACACACCACUGGUGGGAAGGAGAGGAGUGAGCUUGAAUGGAAGCAAUUGUUGAAGGAAGGAGGCUUCCCUCGUUAUAAAAUCAUCAAGCUCCCAUCUAUAACAUCUAUAAUUGAGGCCUAUCCAGAGUGAUGAUAUAAUUUAUAUUAACUAAUAAGACAACGUUAUAUAAGGACGUUGAUUAAUGAAUAAUUUGCGGUUUAGUUUCCAUAUAUAGGCCGGUUGGAUCUCAACUAAACCGAAUUCAGUUUAAUAAUUUCCUAUUGUGUUUUUCCUUCUAAUUUCAUUCUGUUUGGCCACUACAGUACUUAAUUUCUUGAGGAUCAUGAUGUCGAUCAUUGGCAGUUAUAUAUAUGUUGCAAGGAAUUGUUGAUUUUUAACUA